AUGAACGAAAUGGAAAUCGACGGAAGCUCCUCUCAAGACGCCUAUGCCCCGGCGGAAACCACCUCAAAGCCAACUGAACCCGCUCCCUCUGAAGUGAGAAGAUGGGUUGACUCUUUCUGGCCUUUUUUCACUCUUGAUGAAGACAACGGAAGCUCAUCCCAUCACGACUCCCCGACGGAGUCCUCCUCAAAGCCAAGUGACGCGGUUGUCUCUGAACUGGGAAGCCCGCGUACCUCUUCCUCGUCUGCACCGUCUGGCGAUCCUACCCAACAGGCACCGCCACCACCUCUCAUUUACCCCGGUGAGCCGGGAUCGCCAGAUGUUCAAGAACAGAAAUCCGCGUCUCUCGUUUCUGCAGACCAGCUUCUCAUUACCGGAUUCCUUCACAACCUUCUUCACCCCGAAGUUUUCUUGCCUCCGUCCGAAGGGCAGGACCAGGACCCGUCCGCGCUUGCCCUUUUUGCAGCCCGCAAGGCUUACAAUGGGGUAUACCUUGAAUGUCUCGCCGUGCUGUACAAAGCGCAGAACCAGAACCAGGAGGCACUGUUCAUAUCUGCAAAUGAGUCAAAGACAGACCCAGCUAUAGAAAGCGGGUCAAUUGCACGGGAAGAGGAGUCAACAAACACAACAAGCGGCACGAGCACGUCGAGCAAUAAUGAGAGAGACGCGCUUUCUACGCCUCUUCCGCACCUGCAGCUCCCGAGCAGCGACGAGCAAGAGGGCCACUCAAAACUUGUGCAAGAGAAGAAGAGCAAAGACGAACUCUGGCAAGGGCUCUACGACCAGCGAGACAAGAUCGAGCAGGACUACGAGCAAGUGAAGGCAGACAUCUACAAGAAGUUUGAAGAGAAGAAUGACGCACGUAUGCGAUAUCGGUCCAAGAACACGAGGUGGAAAGAGCUGAGGGAGGAGCUGGAUGAGAUGACCAGGCGGAUAAUUUCGCGGAGAGCGGGAGAGAAGCGGUGGAGCGAGGAGGAGGAGGGGAAGCAUGAAGACAAAGGUUCGGAGGAAGAUAAAAGCAAAGAUAAACACGAGGGGGAAGACGAAAAAGCAGCCAGGUACCGCAGGACUCACAUAAUGGAGACGAGCAGGAUAUUUGAUGAUGAAUACAUGGCACUAUAUGAGGGUGAGAGGAACCAGCGUGGGAAACAUGCAGCUUGGCUGUCCAGCAUAGAAAGAAGGAGAGCGAAGGCUUUGCGGGAGGCCAAAUGGGCGUAUGACGAGAUUCUGAAAUUGUAUAAAACUGUUGACGAGCGUAAUGCUCUAUGGAUGUUGAGAUCCAUGGGUCUUUAG